AAUUAAUUAAAGAAGAGCUUAGAUACAUCAUUAUAGCACAUGAUGGCACCUUUCUUCUCUCCUUGAACCGAAUCAAUUUCUUGUUUUUCAACUGAACUGAUUUUCUUGUAACCAAACCAUUAAGCUUUAACCAUAGUUACACCCCUUGGGUUAAUACCUAAUGAUCACUAACAGAGCAUGUGUUGCUCCCUCCUUAUAUCAAUCAACGUAUCAUCUUCACACCACCUCACUCCAUUCUUCUUCUAAUUAUCAGACCUUUACUCUUAGUUCUCUACACUUCAACGCAAAACAAAAAGAAAGAAUGCAAGAGAGGGAGCUGGCCGAGAGAGAGUAACGGAGUGGGAAGUGAAGUUGCUUCACUUUGAUGAUCUUCUCUAAACGAGUUAUCAAAAACAAGAAAGGGCAAGCGAAAAGAGGUACCAACCGAAUCCAGAAGACAGAAGCACUAUUCUUCAUCAUUCUGAUUCUUCGAAGCCUCCUUGCUGGGUGAAAACCAGCAACUGAAAGAAAUUCUUCCCCUUGUUCUAUUUCUGCCAUUCUAAAUUCAAUUUCUGCUAGUACAGUUAUAACCGUAAGUAAAGGAGAAGUGAGAACUCUUCUCUUGCUCAAGCCUGAUUCAGCCAUUUGUCCUUGGGAGGAGUGACCGAAUCUUCACUUUCGUGUGUCUAGGGUUCCUAAUUCAAGGAAGAAGCAGAAAUAAAAUUUUGAACUUCAAAAGAGAUGGAAGAUCCAUACUUGGUUGCCGCAAUCGGAGUCAUAUUUAGAGAAGCUCCGGAGGAGCAUAUGAUUCCAAACCCUACAGGAGGUGCUCGAGACUAGUCCUGAGAUGAUGUUCCGCAGACUUGCGCUUCAGCAGUGAAAGUUAUCACAAAUCAUGGAUAGUGGCUCUAGCACGCAUGAGCAUGACCCUGUAAAGAGGCAAAAAGAGAACAAUGAAGGAGAAGACAGAAUUAGCGAGCUACCUGAGUGUAUUAUAAGUAGGAUAUUGUCUCUUCUCCCAACCGAAGAAGCAGUUCGAACAAGUGUGCUGUCAAAGGAAUGGAUAAACCAUUGGAGAUCAAUCACUAGUUUGCAUUUAGAUGACAUUGACAUGGUUUAUGGCAGAACCAAGCAUAUUGAACAUGAAUGCUUUGAAAGAUUUAUAUAUAGAUCACUUCUGCUUACCAACUCUCCAAGAUUGGACAACUUCUCCCUCUCUAUCCAUGGCCACCAUGAUGUCUAACCUUAAUGAUUGGAUUUAUGGCGCGUUGAAUAAGUUUCCGAAAAAGCUCUGUAUUAAGUCAGAGAGGAAACUCUCCUUUUCGUUUUCCACCGCUCAUUCCCUCUUCACUUCUCAGAGUUUACAAGAAUUAGAGAUAUAUAUGAGUUAUUGUUCUGCUAAUAUCAUAGUUCCCACAAGCCGUGUUCAUUUGGGACAGCUCAAAUUUCUGACUUUGCAUGAAGUUGAAUUUAGUUGCUCUGAUAAGGAUCCAGAGCUUAGCCUUCCGUUGCUUUGAAGGCUCAAGACAGUAAACUGCAUUUGGUUAGGUGUGAGGUGUGUCACUUUCAAUGUUCCUCUGCUUGAAACUAUUGACAUAACACAACACACUAACAGUUCUAGGCUAGAAGGGAAUUGUGAGAUCAAGUUUCGUGCUUUGCACUUGAAAGAAUUUUGUUUACGCGACUAUGUUUACCGUUCAAGGUAUACCAUGAUAGAUCCAUCAUCUGCUCAGAAUGCUUCUGCUACUCUAAUUUUGCCUCCAUAUGAGAGAAGAGUUUCUUCGACAAUGCAAUACGGUGCUCUUGUGCUUCUCAAGCAAUUUAGUCAAGUUAGAUACCUCAAAUUUGGCGGGCUGGAUGUUUUGGCACAACAAGUAGUGAUUCUUCUACCUGAAUUUGGAAUGCUACGCCAUCUUGAACUUGAUUCAAUUACUGGCGAAUUUUUGUUAGCUUUACUUUUAAAGACUCCAAUUCUCAACACACUAGUUGUCGAGAGACUAAAAUAUGAAUAUUACAAGGCACUUUUGAAAUCUGCUGAUGUGCCUGAUUGUUUGAGACAUACUCUCCAAGUGGUGAAAUUCAGAGAUGUUUGUGGAGAUGAGCAUGAGUUGUGUUUUGCUAAAUUAUUUAUGGAAAAGGGUUCAGUGCUGAAGAGGAUGAGUUUCUCCCUUUCUCAUUUGUUUGUCAAGUCAGAGGCCAUUGAAGAACUUAAAGAGAAACUAUCUGGACUCAAGAAAUGUUUGACUUAUACUAUUGUUGAGGUUGUGAAGGAAGAUUAUUACAACUUCUGGUGAUAAUUCUUGGUUUAGAUUUUAGGAAGUUCUAUGAGCAAAGCCCACCAAAUUGUUCUAUAAGCAUGGAAUCAUUUCUCCUAUAAAAUAGACUCUAGUUUUUAUGUAAAGGGUGAUGGUAAAAAAUAAUGUACCCACAAAAAAUACCAAAUUUUGUCCAUCAAAAUUAAUCUUUUGGGUGUACUCAAGGUUUA